GACGCCGCCGCGGGGCUGGCACGCGCUCUCUUCUCCGGGUUCACACCGGAGGAUAACGAAGAAGUUCCAGGUGUUCACUCUAAGAAGAGACUUUUAUUUCAUCCGCACACAGUUUCCCUGAAAGGGAGAAGUGCCUGCUUCAAACAUGAGCAGCUUAUUGACGUGUAAGGAACCUUUUGACAGGAGCAGCUCCGAGCCAGUGGAGGACACAGAUACCACCAGCUUUGUGGCAGAGAUUUCCUUGAAGACCAAUUAUCCCGUGCAAGUCACAGAUCCUCAUGAUGCUGUGACACUCCACUUGAGCUCCAUGCCCUCGAGAUACCUGAGCCCCUCCUCUGAAAACAGGAUAAGACAGCCAGUUGAAGAUGUGGAAGAAUGCACUUGUCCAACAUCUACUUCACCAGACUGCCCCAAACAAUUGCAGAUCCUAAGCAGCACCUGUGAAAAAUGCUGCUGUCCAGCACCUCCUCCCAAAAUCAGCGACCUAAUGAACGACAACGACCUGAUGGACUUGCUGCGGCUAAAACUAGAUCCAAACCACUGCACCAUCAAAAACUGGAAAAACUUUGCAAGUCGCUGGGGGAUGACGUACGAUGAACUGACCCUGCUGGAGCACCGGACCCAGGGCUCCCUGUCUCACAGCCCCACUCUGGAGUUCCUGCUGCGCUACAACCAGAAGACGGUCACUGAGCUCACCGAACUUUGCCGCUUCUAUCAGCGCAUUGAUGUGCUGCGACUGCUGCAGAGCUGGAUAGAGAAGGACUGGCCAUCACGCUGGCAGCAGACUCACUAA